GCAGUUCAUUAAUUCCAAGUGCAACAAGAUGGGGCUUUUGCUGCCUGCCCUGAUUGCCCUUGUGGCAGCUGUGAUCGGGGGACUCUACAUCCUGGGGGCAUUCCGCAAACGGCAGCCCGGAGAGCCGCCACUGGAGAAGGGGCCCAUACCUUGGCUGGGUCACAUCCUGGAGUUUCGGAAUGACACCGCCCUGUUCCUCCAGAGGAUGAAAGAGAAGCACGGGGACAUUUUCACAGUGCAGCUAGCUGGAUUCUACUUCACAUUCAUCAUGGAUCCAUUGUCCUUUGGCAACAUAGUGAAAGAGGCCCGGGCUAAGCUUGAUUUCAACAAGUUUGCCAGGCAUUUGGUGAAAAGAGUGUUUGACUACCAACCCACGGACAAUGACCACGAACUCUUGCACGCAAGCAGCAACAAGCACUUGAUGGGUGAUGGCCUGGAGGUCAUGACCCAAUCUAUGAUGAAAAACCUACAGAGCAUGAUGUUGCACAGCAUUGACUCCACAACAGAGCAGGGCGCCUGGAAAGAGGAUGGGCUGUUCCACUACAGUUACAAUAUCGUCUUUCGGGCAGGUUACUUGGCCCUGUUCGGCAAUGAGACUGCUAAGACCUGUGGCACCCUGGACAAAGCCCAUGAAGUCGACCGCUUGGAGUCCGACAAGUUCUUUUACGAAUUCAGGAAGUAUGACAAACUGUUCCCCAGGCUCGCAUAUGGGGUCCUGCCCCCCAGGGAGAAGAUGGAGGUGGAGAGGCUGAAGAGGCUGUUCUGGAGUACACUGUCAGUGCAUAAGUUGAGCGAGAAGGAGAACAUCAGUGGCUGGGUUCUGGACCAACAGGAGGCAAGAAGAGAGAUGGGGAUGGAUGAGUCAAUGCGCAACCGGCACCUGUUCCUCCUCCUCUGGGCGGCCCAGGGCAACACAGGACCAUCUUCUUUCUGGCUGCUCCUCCACCUCAUGAAGCACCCUGAAGCACUGAAGGCCGUCCGGAACGAGGUUGAGGAACUGCUAAGGGAGACGGGGCAGGAGGUAAAGCGAGGAGGACCGCUCAUUGAUCUCACUCGUGACAUGCUGCUCAAAACACCUGUCCUGGACAGCGCGGUGGAGGAGACUCUCAGGCUCAAGACUGCCCCCGUUCUCAUCCGGGGCGUGAUGGAAGACAUGUCCCUGAAGAUGGCUGAUGGGAAUGAGUACAGAAUUCGCCAGGGCGACCGAGUGUCCCUCUUCCCCUACUCUGCUGUCCAGAUGGACCCUGAGGUCCAUCCUGAACCACACACCUUCAAGUACAACCGCUUUCUCACACCAGAGGGCAGCAAAAAGACCGAUUUCUACAAGAACGGCAAAAAGCUGAGAUACUACAACAUGCCCUGGGGUGCUGGGGUCAGCAUGUGCCCAGGCCGCUUCUUCGCCACCAAUGAGCUGAAGCAGUUCGUCUUCCUCAUGCUCACAUAUUUUGACUUUGAGCUGAAGAACCCUCAUGAAGAGAUCCCUGCCAUUGACGUCAAGCGAUGGGGUUUUGGCUCUAUGCAUCCAGUCAGAGACAUUCAGUUCAGAUACAGACGGCGUUUCUAGAUUGCACUAAAGACCAUGCAGGGGAAGCUUACAUGCUGGGUAGGAUUCAAUUAAUUGUCAACACAUUUUUAGGGUACUUUUUACUAACAACCAUCAAAAAUCAACCAUCAAUGUUUAAAAAAGCAAAAACUAUAACAUUAUAUUUUUAAAGAAAAAUAUAUUGCUGUCUGCUGUGCAUAGUUUUAGUUUUAUAUGUUUUAGCUUUUGUUUAUGUAAAAUGAUAUUUUUAAGGAAAGCCUAGCUUUGUUUGGUAGAUGUUGACUUUAUUCAACAAUAUGUCUGGCAAUAUUCAAAACAAUUUUAGCCUACUAAUUCCUGUAUGCUCUCAAGAGUUAAAUCUAAAAUAACUUCAUUUUCAGUUUUCCAUUAUAGACAACUUGGUGGAAUGCAUCCUACCCACGCUUCUGAAAAUAAAGAUGCAAUUGAUUAAAGAGCAAGUGUGUUCUUAAUAAAAUUCAUGAACAGAAUAUACAACAGUAUACAACAACUAAUCCUGCCUACAUUUCACAUAUAGCUGUGUGAUCAAGAUUGGUAAAUGCAGAAUAAAGAAACAAUUUUAGUUGCACCAAAUGUUUUGCAGCUGCACUGCAUGUUAUCAUUACUAUUUAUCUAUUUAUUUUUAAUUUAUUUUUGCUGGAGGAAUGCCAUGUUGAAUAUGUUGCAAAAGAGCUGGACCCCCUGAAUCAUGUGCAUCCCAGAAAUAACUUGAGGUUCUUCUGUCCCCUGAAGUACAAUCACAUGAGCAGUCAGUGGCUUAUGGUUUACCCACAUGUAAUGAACAAUUAAUUUAGCAAUGUGCGUAUCUAAAAUAAUUACUUAUUUUAAACCACAAUAAAUAGCUUUUUAUGUUUCUAAAUUUCUUAUUUUGAGCCACCAUAAAUUGUUUUUUCUUUUACUACACUUAUAUGUACACAUGGAUAUUUCUCUACCUGUGUGUACAUGUCAAUGUCUGUUAAGUACUUUGUGCUGCCUCGGUCAGAAAAAGUGCUGUAUAAAUUUGAAUGAUUUGACUUGA